AUGUCCUGGAUCGACACAGAGAUUCGUGUCUAUGACGAGUCUUCCGCCAGCACAAGUCAAACCGGUUCUAGUGUAUCUCGUAUGGUCAUCACAGGCCCGAACAUUCAGACCACGCUGAACACAAGCGUUCCAGUUUUGGGGACAUUGGCGAUCACCGACAUCUGCACCGCUAUCCACGGCGCAAUCUACCCUCAAGUAGGACUAGAGAUAGACCAAUCAGGUAUCCUUCGAGGUCUAUAUAAAGUUGAAACUAGGCAAUACCACCUGGCCGCUAAUUUCGUCACCAUGGAUCACUUCCUCCCUGUGAUUCAUAGGAGGGAUCAUUCUAUGCCGGACCUGUAUUACCUCGCUCUAACCUUGGUUUCAUCCGUGUUGCAACUGGGAGAAACACCGUGGCUUGUACAAUCAUGGAGCCGGCAACGGAUCGCCUUUCUGCGACUGGAAGAUGGUAGCCAGUCGUCCGUGGAUAUCAAGCAUCCAUACCUAGCUUGCCAAUAUGACUCUGAUACCGCAGUGCCACAACACGAGGCCCAGACUGCUGUACUACGGCUGCGCAACCGACGAACCAUUUUGGCGCUCGCCAUUAUGCUCCUUGAACUCAACUUCGGAACGCCUAUCGAAAACAUCAGGACAGAGUCAGAGAUGGGGCCAGAUGGGCAGCCACACGAGCAAACGGAUUUCCUCACCGCACAGCGAUGGUUCCUUCAGAAGGAAAAUAAAGGACAACUAACCAAAGGGUUCAAAAGCGCGAUUUGGCACUGCCUCCAAUUUUCCACUCACUAUGCUGCGUCAUUUGACAACGACAGCUUUGUUCAAACCAUUCAAGAAAAGGUGCUGGAACCAAUUGAGCAGGAGUUUCUUGGGACUUGGGUAGACUUUUAG